UGUUUAAAAACCGAACAUUGAGGAGGUAGGGUCGUACACUGCAUACUUAUAUAUUUACUUAAAGUUAGCAGAUUUGACUUUUUUUAAGAUGCUAAACUAAUGAGACACUUCUCGAUCUUCGAAAAGUGAAAAAGUUCCUAAUUUAUACAGAUACAUUUUUUAAAUAUAUACGUCUCAUUAACAUAACCGAAAGGGUUAGGUAUUGCUUUUAUAUAAAUCGCUUCAAAGACAACACUAAUCACUAUGGUAUUUCAAUAUUUAUUGAUUUGUAAAACAAAGUUGUGUCAUUUCACAUUCCUAUUUAGUUUAUUUUUAUUGAGCAUUUUCCAAAUAUUUUCCCAAAAUACCAUCAAAAACAAUAAAAUCGUGAAAAAAGAUUUACUUUAAAAUGGGUUCUCGACAAUUAUAUGCCUGUGAUUAUGAGGUAUUCGGUAAAGUUCAGCAUGUAUUUUUUCGCAAAUAUGCCGAGAAGAAAGCCAAAGAAUUGGGUCUACAUGGCUGGAUUAUGAAUACUCAAGAUGGCACAGUUAAAGGAACCAUUGAGGGAACACAGAACGAAUUGGGAAAUAUGAAAGACUGGUUGUCUACGAAGGGCAGUCCAAAAUCAAGUAUUGACAAGGCAAACUUUACAAAUUUGAGACCUAUUCAUACAUAUUCAUUUAAAACAUUCGAAAUAAAGAAAUGAGUAAUUUACUAUUAUAAUGCUAAACUUGUUCUUAAUUGGCGUGGACUUAUUUAUUUUGUACGAAAUUUUCAAUUUCGGAACGAGUUCUAUUAAGGAAUUUUAGAGUCAACACUAUUUUUAUAGAAAAUUUAUGGAACCUGUUAUUUCGUUAAAGUUCCAGAAAAAAAUCAGAACUGUAAUUCUGUAGCAUAUAUGUAAAUUCGAUACUCGUUCAAUGAGUUUUCUUCGAUAUUGUCAAACUCGGAAUGUUCCAGAGAAUGGGUUCAAAAGUACAGGCAAUGUCACUAGUUUUAAAGUUGCUAUUCAAGAAUCUGAACUUUUUCUGGAAGAAAUUGUGUUAAAACUAUUUCUCGAUCAGGAAUAAUAAUUGAUUUUUGAUCGAACGAUCCAGAGAACGGUUAACCUUCGAUAUCACUACUUAUCAAGGUUGCUAUUUAAGAAUCGGAGAUACUUAUUUUAACACUCAUUCUAGAUGUAGACGAGUAGAAAUUGACUUCCUCGGAAUGGUCUGAUUAAAUUUAGAAAUUUUAGAAUUAAAAUAAGAAAUUUAAGUUUAAAGAAAAUAAAAUUAUUUUUAAGUUCAUAUGUAAUAUAAUCGGAAACCCAACUAUAUAUAACCUUAACAAAUCUCUAAAAUUUAGCUUAAUUUUCCAUUUUAAUAAAUACUACAUUUUAUUUUACUUUCUAUUCUGCACCCACCAUUUUGUUUUAAUUUUCUUUUUAUUUAUUUUAUUUCUAUAUUUCUCUUUUUUUGCUUUUAAAAUAAAUCAUCA